CUUCAUAUGGGAGUUUGGGGUCAAGCAGGACGGUUCUCCCUACAGACCUCUCAACAGGAGCCUCUCUUCCAGCAUCUUCUUUCUCAGUUGGUCUCCCAAGUGGAUGGACAGAUGGUGGCUUGCUGGGCAGUUAUGGGUGGCUAAAACACAAAUUUAUCCCAAGCCUUCUCUCUCUGUGAGCCCCAGUGUGGUGGUUGCUGUAGGUGGAAAUGUCAAUAUCUCCUGUAAGAGUGGACACUAUCCACAAGCAGAGUUCCAUCUGUUUCAAGGCUCAGCUCGGAAGUCAUCAGCAAUCAAGACUUCACAGGCAUAUGGUGCUCUCUUUUCCAUUAUGGGAAUCCAACCAUCAGAUUAUGGAAUCUACAGCUGUGCAUAUUCCUUCAAAUCAAACUAUAGACAACGAUGGUCAGCUUCUAGUGAAGAAGUAAUUGUCUAUGUAAGAGAACAAUCUUUAUCUAAGCCUUUCAUCUCAGUAAUCCCCAGCCAGGUGGUCGCCCUGGGAGGAAAUGUCAGCAUCCAGUGUAAGAGUAAACAAUACCACACAACGGGGUUCAAUCUCAUCAAAGAAGGAGCUUUACAAGUGAAGAAAGCAGCACAACAUAUGAGGAAGGUAGAAGGAGAUGAAGCAGUAUUUCCUAUGGACAAGACAAAACGAUCAGAUGGAGGGAUUUACUGGUGUGAAUACAGCAUGGGAGGAUAUGAGGGCCUAAUGUAUUCACUUUUCAGUGACAGAGUAUAUAUCAACAUAACAGAUGCCAGUCUCAAGAAACCCGCCAUCAAGAUGAGCUCUAGGAAGCGAAUUUCUCCAGGCAGGAAUGUCACCAUCAAGUGCCAGGGGCCAGAGGAUGGUCUGACCUUCUCUCUGCACAAAUCAAGGGGCCUGAUAGCAUCACAGAUGGCAGAGCCAAACAGAAAUACAGCUGCAUUCUUUUUAUUCAUGACGAGGCCGGAGGAUACAGAAAACUACGCUGAAAACUACACCUGCCAGUAUCACCUCAGAGGAAACCCUUUUGUCUGGUCAGAGCCAAGUAAACCUGUGGAGCUGGUGGUUGUGAGAGAAGUCCCCAUGAAAAUCAUCAUAUGGGCCAGCUGUGCUUCAGGCCUUCUUCUGGUUCUUCUCCUGCUGUUGCUUGCCUUUGUAUUGUACAGGAAAAGGAAAAGGAAUUCCACUGCCAGUGAAAGAAACCAACCAGAGAACAUGCCCAUGGAUUGCAGCACUUCAGGAGAAAAGCCACAAGAGCCGAGCUUUUCUUUAGCAGCUGACUUCCACUGCGUCUGAAAACUGUCUUCAAGCAUCAGUGGGGCCAGGCCCAUUGUGUUGAGGCAAAAUGCCAAAGGCUCUCUUCACCCCUAUCUGCGUUUGCAAAAGAAUGGCCACAUCAUCAACAAUAGGAGAAUUGAAAGUCAUCUCUUUGCCACAGUUUAGGGGCACGUGAAUCUAGACUUUGCAGUCACUGAAUUAGUGAGUUGAUAUAAAUUAUUAAAU